CCUAGCGGGGAGUGAACCGGAAGUGUAAGCCCUGCUGCUUCGCCUCCGCCGGGCGGAACCUCUUGUGCAGGGCCCGGUGGCCGCGAAAGAACUUUCUUUCUCCCGCCCCAGAGGUCGCCCUAGCCAAAGACCUUGCCCGCCCGGCGGCCCGCGCGCCUCCCCGCUCCUCGCCUUCUAGCUGGCCGGCUCCGCUCGUGCUGCCGCCUCCGCCGCCGUGCCCUGCCCGGCCACCCGGCCUGCCAGCUGCAGUGAUGUGCGACAAGGAGUUCAUGUGGGCCCUGAAGAACGGAGAUCUGGACGAGGUGAAGGACUACGUGGCCAAGGGAGAAGAUGUGAACCGGACACUGGAAGGGGGAAGGAAGCCUCUUCAUUAUGCAGCAGACUGUGGACAGCUCGAAAUCCUGGAAUUCCUGCUGCUGAAAGGAGCAGAUAUUAAUGCUCCUGAUAAACACCACAUUACCCCGCUUCUGUCUGCUGUUUAUGAGGGCCAUGUUUCCUGUGUGAAGUUGCUUCUGUCAAAGGGUGCUGAUAAGACUGUGAAAGGUCCGGAUGGACUGACCGCCCUUGAAGCCACCGACAACCAGGCAAUCAAAGCGCUGCUGCAGUGAUGGAUGAUGGACUGAUAGCUCGGAAAGAAUGACUCUCCUGUGGCCUCACACUGCUGCCUGUCUGUCUGUCACUCUAUCUGCCAGCUUCUUCAGCUAAAUACUUUAAGAGGGGUGAGGGGAGAGAGAAAUUGAUAACAAAUCAGACUACCAGAAAAAAAAAUGUUUGGAGGAGGGGAGACUGUGACCAGGAUUCCUGAUCAAGCCAGCCUCUUCCAUUUCUAAUAAAAUACACAGCAUAGACCCAAGAGAGCAAAGACACACUGUAUCGGGAACAUUUGACCUUUCAGCUCCCUCGCUAAUCCAUUAAUUAGAUUGUAUUAAAGGUCUGAUUCUACAAAGGCCAACUCUACUUACUCAGCGGCCCUAACUGCAAGCAGUAGCAGCUACUGCAGUGUAACUUAGGGUGCUGAGAUAAGCAAUUCGCUCCAGCCUUCUGCCUUAAGCAUCCACUCUCCGGGGGUCUCCUGCUGGGUACAGGCACUGCUUGUGAUUGGUGACCAAAUCUUCCCUCAUGACUUCAGCUUCCUGUGACAGCUCAGUUAAGAUGAGGAGGGGCACACUCCUAAAUUGCUGGAUGACUGAACUUCGGAUUUUCUCUCCCCUUUCACAUGGAUUUCAUGUCUCUUUAGAUAAAACUGACUAGUUUUAUUUAUGAAACCUUUAAACUUUAGAAGUCUGGAGGAGAAAUCAUUCCAGUAUCUUAUUUUCUCCUUUAACUUCAGACAUUUACAUAACAUUAAAACACUUUCAAACUCCUGCUGGUAGUAAAGGGGAUUUAAAAAUAGAAUUAUAGCCAUAAGCGUGUUAGUUCACAUAGAGAGAGAACAGUUGUCCUAGUACCUAUGGACUUCCUUUGUUUGGUGUUUGAGUUGAUUUCACUUGUGUUUGAGAACCAAGGAACGUUCUUGGAAUGUCUCUCUGACCCACCUUCAUGCUGGUUAUAUAGUGCACCAAAGCCAUUGCUGGGGCAAGAUUGACUAUUAGAAGUUGAACUCCAUCCCUUCAGAAAUAGGCUUAUACCAGGUUUCUCUUAGUCAUUGAUAGGCUUCUGCUGGACAUAAUGCCAAUCCACCUGCACAACAUAUUUUUGUUUCUCUUAUAAAUCAUGCAUUGCAUAAUGUGUGAUAACUUGAGAAUAAUUCUAUGUUCUUAGAAUACAGUGCCCUAAAAUAUCCUUAUGACUUGCAGAAAAUUUGGGCACAUCUCCAGGUGUUUAUUUCAUGAGCAGUAAUGUUGAAAGCAUAUAACCUUAAAUUUUAUACCUGGUUAGGAACAUUAAGAUUUGGAAUAUUUAGCUUACUAAAAAUACUAGAGUUUUUCCUUAGCCAACUCAUACAAUAAUUGAAUGUACCUCAAAUUUUCAAAAGGGGAGAGAGCUUGGGGACUUAAUUCAGAUUGUGAAUAAUAAAGACUAAUGAUUUUUUUUCAAGGCAGUGAAGAAUUGUAUAGCAGGGUUAAACUAUUACCAAGAACAGUCAGCCUGGCUAGUAAGUUCUAUCGAUCAGAUACUGAUUGGUUGGUGGUGUGGGGGAGAGAAAGAGUGUGAGUGUGUGUGUGUGUGUGUGUAUGUGUGGGUGUGGGUGUGGGUGUGGGUUUUUCCCUAAGAACCCUUUUUUUAUCCUGUGGCUUUUUCACUUUGAAUUAGCCUAACCCUGUAAUUUUCUUAUGUCCAAGAACACAAUCACUUUGUUAUAUUUGGCUAUUUCUGCUGUCAUAAUGCAGCCUAUCAGAGCUGGACAUCCUGAUUGGAAAUGGAGGGCACUCUAUCAGUCUACAGCUGUCAACAUAGUGCAGCAGGGUGGUUUAUUUUUUUUAACUUUGUUUUCACCUCUUGGCGUAAUGCUAUUUAAAAGGCUUGAAUGGAACCCUUAACCCAGUUUUCACUUUUGCUUUCAAAGUGUUCUGUUGUAGUUAGCUAUUGCAGAGAGUGCAUUGUGCUAGCAUUCCUGAACUUGGUCUGCUUUCAAAGUCAUGGUACCAGAACCAUGUGAUUCUUUGUACAGUUUAUCCUGAUGUUUCUUGUAAUGCAGUAGAGGCUAUCUUGCCUUCCCUCUUCUUUCUCAGCCAUUUUGUAAACCCCAUAAUUAUGAAGCAAUUGCCUGAGAAAAUUACAUAUAAACAUAAAAUAGAAUAGACUGGCCAAGAUGGUUUGCAAUGUCUUUUUUUUGUUUUAACUAGGUUAUUUAUAAUGUAUUUCUGAGCCACUUGGCAGAGAAAUUCACAACACUUAAUGUUUAUAUUUUGAGUAAAGGAAGCUAAAACCAUUUCUGCUUUUUGGUACUACAUGCAUUAGCAAAAGGUUAAGUAAGUUUUGUUCUCCACUGAAGUACUACUUAAUAUCUUAGACAAAAUUUUGCAUGUUCUAUAGUUUUGUAUUAAAUCAUUGAGUCAUUUCUUAUGCACUAUGUCAAGUAAAAACAGGUAAUUUGCCUGUAGUAGUUGCUAACAAAUCCCCUCUGCAGCUUCAGGCUGGUUUUUAUAAAGGUAGAGUCAAAGACAGCACCUAAGGGUCCCAGAUAGUACUUCUGUGCACAGCUCACCCUUCUAAACCCAGCUGGGCCCAGAAGUGCAUCGUAGGCCAGCGCAUUGUGUGGAAGCUGCAAACAAGUAGGCCUUUUAUUCAUCGAUUUCUUUCCCCAAGUACUGAGUUUUUAAUCUGUAUGUACCUAAUUGAUUUUUUCCUAAAACUUCGACUAAGCUGCUAUUUUCUUCCAUGCAAUAUUGUAUACUCAAUUGUGUAUAGAAGAAGCUGGUAAGAGUGUCCUCCUACAUAAAUAAGCAAUUGCAGUGUUUUGCAUGCAAAAUUCUAAAAAAUUGAAUCGUCUUGAUUCUAUUUUGUAAAUGGAGAAACAAUCAUAUCUUUCUAAGCAGUAAUGGAGGAAGAAUAGUGCUUUGUGCAUUUUUGAUAUAUUCAGGUUCCUUUUCCCCCAUCAUACUUUUGACACAAUUACGUUUCUCAUAAGUAUCCUAGUUCAUGUACAUCCGAAUGCUAAAUAAUACUGUGUUUCAGUUUUGUGUUGCAAGAACAAAUGGAAUAAACUUGAAUUGUGCUACAGCUAA